UUGCUUGAGUCUUAAGAAUUUUUUUGGGUCCAAUUAAUCAAACCUUCGAUUCCCAUUUUGCCUAAGGCCGCAAAAAAUGGGGAACGUACUCGGGUUCCUCUGCGGCCAUUUCUGCAACCCAAGCUCCGAUUCUCAACCUCCUCACGGCGUUUCUUACGCCACCGCCGGCGUCUCCGCUCUCGCUCACGAUCUCUUCGAUUUCGAGAUCACUUCGCAGGUUCCUCAAGGUCUUAGUAAACAUGUGGUUUCGUCGAAGAAGGCACAAGCGAAUUGGUAUAGAAAAUUGGCUGAUGCUUGGAAGUUGGAGAAACCUCCUCCACGAACGCCUGAAGAAGCAUCUAGGCUUGUGAUUCAGACGCUCAAGAGACACCAAAAGAAAGAUGUCGAGGGGCUAUUGACUUUCUAUGGUCUUCCUCUUCCUCAUACUCUCGUCGAACUUUCUGCUCCGGCCCCAACCACCGCCUCGCUACCUGACGGAGUCAAGUUUGAGCUGGAGACACUACCAGUUGAUGCGAAAGCUGUAGCAGAUGGUGAUACAGUGACAGUGUAUGUGAGUACAGCGCACACUAGAGAGUCCUCUUGUAUUCCAAUAGAGGUUCGAAAUGCAGCCAUUCAAAGAUCACAAGCUAGAAACGCCAAGAACUUUGCAAAAGCUGAUGCUCUUCACAAGACAAUAACAGAUGCUGGUUACAGGGUGCUUACUUUUCAGAAUGAGGAGAUUCUCGCAAGAAAAUACAGAAUUCGUCUCAGAGGAAUAGAUGCACCAGAAAGUGGAAUGCCCUAUGGUAAAGAGGCAAAACAAGAACUAACAAAGCUUGUUGAAGGGAAGUGUUUGAGAGUGCUUGUGUAUGGUGAAGAUCGGUACAAUCGGUGUGUAGGUGACUUGUAUUGUAAUGGGAAGUUUAUUCAGGAAGCAAUGCUGAAAAAGGGGUUUGCAUGGCAUUACAAAGCUUAUGAUAAACGAGCAGAGCUAUCAAAGUGGGAAAAUGAAGCUCGAGCUAAAAGGGCUGGGUUGUGGGCUUCUUCAAACCCAGAGCAGCCAUGGGAAUGGAGAAAGGGAAAGCGUGAAGGGAAAUAAUGGCUGCUGUCCUGCUUCAAUACGCAACACUUUAUAUAUAACUUAUACAUGAAGUUUCAUUUCAUGUCUACCAAGGAGAAGCAGCCAAAACAAGGUCUCUUCUGUCUUUAGUAUUUAUCAACAUCUUCAACAUUGAUUGUGAAUUUGCAACUGAAAAGAAAUGGAGAGAUAUAGCAAUUGUUAUACUUGUAAAAUCAUAUGAUUCAUUCAAUUUAAAAGUCCAAUCUAGUUGUUGAAAAAAACAAAGCCAUCAGGUUGGGAAAUGCAUUCACUAUUCAAAAUUUAAUCAACCA